GUCCAAAUGUUUUAGAUGGUUUCAUUUUUUUGGUGAACGUGGCGCGAACCAAUGCAAUAACAUCCGACCACGCGCAUUGGUCAGAAGAGGCCAUUGUGCCUGCCACCAAGUCAUCAUGACCGCGCUGUAUCCCACGCUGCCACAAUGUGCUGCAGUCGCCACGGCAUUGAAGGUACUCCUGUGGCCGGCCUACAAAUCGACGGAUUUCGAAGUUCAUCGCAACUGGCUUGCAAUCACGAACUCCCUGCCUCUUAAAGAAUGGUAUUUCGAGAAAACCUCAGAAUGGACUCUGGAUUAUCCUCCCUUCUUCGCCUACUUCGAGUGGGCUAUGUCCCAAGUCGCUCACUGCAUCGAUCCGAAUAUGCUUGAUGUACAGAAUCUCGGCUACGACAGCUGGCAGACCAUUUACUUCCAGCGAGCCACUGUGAUCAUCACGGAGCUCGUUCUCAUCGGUGCUCUCUACCUCUUCGUCAGCUCGGCCAAUCCCAACGAGAAGAAGCGAAGUCAUGCUGCAGCACUUUCCAUCUUGUUGUCCCCUGGCCUGCUCAUCAUCGACCAUAUUCACUUCCAGUACAAUGGUGCCAUGUACGGCGCACUCAUUUUGUCCAUUGUAUUGGCGCGCUAUCAGAGAGACGGGUUGCUGCUCUGCGGAGCCGUGUUCAUGGCUCUGUUGUGCAUGAAGCACAUCUACCUUUACUUGGCACCUGCCUGGUUUGUGUACCUGCUUCGCGUCUACUGCCUAGGGCCCCGUUCGAUAUUCGACAUCAAGUGGUUCAACUGCAUCAAGCUGGGCCUGAGUAUUGUGGCCAUCGUUGCAGCAGCAGCAGGGCCCUUUGCUCUUGAAAGCCUGGAGCAGUUGCCACAGAUCAUGAGCAGGCUGUUUCCCUUCAGCAGGGGACUGUGCCAUGCAUACUGGGCGCCCAAUGUCUGGGCGAUGUACUCUUUCACUGAUCGAGUGCUGAUAUAUCUGGCCCCAUACUUGAAGCUCCCUGUCGAUGCAGAUGCUGUGAACAGUGUCACCCGUGGCUUGGUCGGCGACACUUCGUUUGCCGUCUUGCCAAAUAUCCCGCCACGACUCACAUUCGUCCUGACUCUGGCAGCGCAGAUUCCGGCUCUCAUAAAAUUAUUCGCCCAACCGACAUGGGACAACUUCGUGGCAACGAUCACGUUAUGUGGCUAUGCCUCAUUCUUGUUUGGCUGGCACGUCCACGAGAAAGCCAUCCUCUUGGUUAUCAUCCCGUUCAGUCUGCUGGCAUUGAAGGACAGACGCUUUCUCGGUGCUUUCAGACCUCUGGCGGUUGCCGGUCAUGUGAGCCUCUUUCCACUCCUGUUUACCGCUCUGGAAUUCCCAGUCAAGGUGGUAUACACGAUCCUAUGGCUUGUUGCGUUUCUCAUAGCCUUCGAUCGUCUUGCGCCCGCAUCGGAAAAACCGCGAAUAUUCCUGCUCGAUCGGUUCUCUCUGCUGUAUAUUGCAGUGGCGAUACCUCUGAUCGCAUAUUGCUCGCUACUACAUCAGAUAGUAUUUGGCGCCAAGUACGAGUUCCUGCCUCUGAUGUUCACCAGUUCAUACUGCGCAGUAGGCGUGGUAGGGAGCUGGUUGGGCUUCUUAGUAGUGUUCUUCACUUCGUAGCAGGAGAUACAGCGCUUUUCGAAUUUUCAAUAAUAGGGUUCAUGCCCAUCCUCUGUUUGCUUCAUAUAUGCUUUCUUGUAAUCCUCAUAAGCUGGGCUUUGUGCUUACUGGUCGCUGCAAAAGAUACUGCCAUCGAUCCUAGGGGAAGCCAUCGAUGCAACGCGUCCAGACAUGUUCUCGGCGCGUUCGCGCGUGUUAGCAGACUAUUUCGUGAUGUUUGUGCGAUUCCACUCGUGGUCAGUGGCUCCAAAGGGUCCCGCGGCCGACCAGUCGGGAUAUGACGAAGGUCAAAGCAAGGGAACAGAACGGGAGUAUCGCAUCAUCGAUGUACGAGCAGAUACAACGGAGUCGUAGGGUACAGAUGAGGGUAUAGAGUGAAUGAGCCAAUUGUCGUGAUCAAAA